AGAGAAGAGCAGUUUGGCCUCAUCAUACAUACCUACGGUAACAGUGACAGCGAAAAGUUCCACUCUUGUAUCAUCGUCUCGGCAUGGCUCCCCUGGCUCAGGCUGUAACGGUGUCUCUCAAGGACUUGCAGAAUGGAGACGUCUCCUUUGAGACUCUGCAGCAGGCCUUUGGCCCUGAUUCCUUGGGAAUCCUAGUUGUCAAGGACGUUCCACAGGAGUUUGUGCAGCUGCGCCAUCUCGCCCUGUCAUAUGGAUCCUACUUGGGAAAUCUGCCCAAGGAGGAACUGGACAAGCUGGAAAACGCCAAAGCCAAGUACCUUACCGGCUGGUCUCUGGGAAAGGAAACGCUCAAGAAUGGGCAGGCAGACACUUUCAAGGGAUCCUUCUACGCCAACUGCGCCUUUUACGUGAACCCUAGCCUGGAAUGCGCCGAGCCCACGGCUGAGUUCUCGCCAGAGACCUUUCCAGAGUACCUGUCGCCCAACAUCUGGCCCGCGGAGAAUGUGCUCCCCGGCAUGAAGCCGGCAGUGACCAGCCUCUGCCGCCUCAUCAUUGACGUUGCCGUCUUGGUGGCGCGCGCUUGUGACCGCUUUGCCGAGAAGGAGAUCCAGGGGUACCCCAAGGGCUACCUGGAGCACGUCGUCAGCACCUCCAACACCACCAAGGCGAGGCUGCUGCACUAUUUCCCUCAGGGGGCGUCCGAGGCGGCAUCCACCGCGGCAGAGGGCGACGAGGACGACUGGUGCGGCACCCAUCUCGAUCAUGGCUGCUUGACCGGACUCACAUCUGCCAUGUUCAUCGACGAGAAGAAGGCCGACCCCACGGUGCCUACGGCAGACCUGACCAGCCUCAAUGGCGCCUCUCUGCCUCCGCUGGAGGAGCUGCCUGCAUCGCCCGACCCCGCCGCCGGCCUCUACAUCAAGUCUCGAACGGGCGAGACAGUGCAGGUUAAGAUCCCUCGUGACUGCAUCGCGUUCCAGACGGGCGAGGCCCUGGAGCGCAUCACCGCAGGAAAGUUUAAGGCGGUGCCGCACUUUGUGAGGGGUGUCAGGGCCAGCGUGAGCGAUGGCAGGAUAGCGAGGAAUACGCUGGCUGUCUUUACGCAGCCCAAUCUGGAUGAGGAGGUUGACAUCGAGCAGCACUUGACGUUUGGCGAGUUUGCCAGAGGGGUCGUGACCAAGAACACCGUGUCUUAG